CCUCCUCCUCCUCCUCCUCAACAACAACAACAACCAAAAAACACAUCGCAAUAUUCAGCGCCCGCCUUCUAUCCUGUAUCUACAUUGCUACGCUAUCUUUACUAGCAAUUGGAUCAAUAUCUCUAAAUCAAUCACUCAUUUGAUAUAGUUAUUAUCAAAUAUUUACCUUCUUUCAUCUUUCAUUAGUAUCGCUAUCCUCUCUGAAGUGACAACCUUCAGAUCAGCGCAACACUACGAGCAAAACAGAAGCCCAAAGCCAACCAACCCUAUAGAAAUUGAAGUCCUCUCUAAAAAGGAACCAACCAAACAACCAAAAAACACCAUGCUCCGUCGCCCACCAACAACGCUUACCCUCACCGCCGAAGAUGUCGCCGCGUACGAAGACCGCCGUUUCGCAGCCAUGCAAGCCCAAUCGCAAAACCAGACAAGCUCACGUGCCCCCUCUCACCCGUUACAACCGCAACCUACCGCAAUGGACACUUCUUCCUCAUCCUCAUCCGUAACCCCGUCGCCGCCACGAAUCGAAGACGACGAGGACAUGCAAGACGUGGACGUGGACGUGGACGUAGACGAAGCCGAUAUAAGUGACCCCUUCGUAAUGGCGCCCCGCCGCGCCGCCCGCGAGCAAUUCAACAGGCGCGAGCAGUCCCCCGGCCAGGCACGCGCCGCAUACCUUCAGCAAGUGCGAGCAACACGGAGCCAACACGCCACCACUCCAACCGCACCAGCGCCCUCGACACGAAUGCAGCGGAUCACGGGCACAGGGCAGACAGGAGGAAGGACGACAGGGACGGCUCGAUCAGCGACUAGUAGACAGGGAAGCACGGAGCCAACCACCGCGGCCCCACCGCAAGCGCCGCGUAUGAUGACACGGAGUAGAGAGGAGCGGAUAGGUAUUACGGGAUCGACAGCGGGGACGGGGUCGAGACGGCGUUAGGACCCCGCCAUUGCGACCAUCCGUUAAAUUUUGCGUCGUUAGCGUGGGCGUGGCGUGGCGUAUCUGGCUGUUGCUUCUUGCCUUUAAGGAUUAAGGAACUGGAUCAAUAUGGGAAUGGAGGCAACAACAACUAAGGAAACACUUGAUUUGAUAUGCUAGCUGUGCUAGAAAGAGCGAAAUAGUAA